CUUGAGGAGAUUUUUUUUUUUUAAUUUUAAGAAAUUUGAGGUCGGUGGGGCAAAACGACUAAAUUUCAUCUUCCUGUGAUUCUUUAGCUGGAGAACUGUCAAAAUCUGUGGAUAAAUUCACAAGAUAAGAAAAAGGAUGGCAUCUAGAAUAAAUACCAGUUUCACUUUGAUUCCCAACCAGAAAUAUAGACGUAGCAAUCGUCGAUCCAGCUGUUUUUCCAACAACCUUGACUCAGAUUCUCAGCCCUUAUCAACACUUGGAAAUUUUAAAGCCUUGCCAUUGGAAAUAUUCCAAAUAAUCUUAAAAUAUUUGUCAGUGAAAGAUAUCAGCAUGCUAAGUAUGGUGUCCAAAACAGUCAGCCAAUACAUUAUUAAUUAUAUCUCAACCUCAUCAGGAAGCAAAAGACUUUUACUACAGGACUUUCAUAACCUUGAGCUGCCUGGCAGGAAACAAGACUCCUCUAUACUGGAAUACUACAGAUCUCUAGGGUUACUCUUUAAGAGAUGUACGUUGCUGCUACCUACAAAGGAAAGACUGAAGUAUAUUCACAAGAUACUCGCAGAGGUUUCCUGUUUUAAAUUCAAUGGCUGUGCAGCUCCUAUGCAAUGUUUAGGAUUAUCAUGUUAUGGCAUGUUUUUACAGACAUUAACAGCAGGUUGGGAUGAACUCGAGUGCCAUCGUGUUUAUAACUUCUUAUGUGAGCUGACUAAUCUCUCCCGCAAGAUGCAGACCAUUGUCUUCAGUAAACCAGGAAGUGCCCGAAAACUAGAGUUAAGGAUCAGACUGUUCUGUAGGAAUGUCCUACUUGAUCAUUGGACACAUCGAAGUGAUUCUGCUUUUUGGUUGACACGUAUACUAAAACCUUGGCCAAUGGUGAAUCAGGCAAGAUUACUGUAUAUCAUCUUUGGACCAAUAUCUCCUCAAGAUGGACAGGUGGUUUGGCAGAAAAUGAUAGAAGAACCUACAGAUGAAUCCAGUCUGAAAGGUUUGGCUGAUGCCAUUAAAUUACUAUAUGACACAGGCGUCAAAGAGUGGACAGCAGACGAUGUUAUCAGUCUUGUAGAUGAACUAUCAGUGGUUCCCCGUGAAUGGCUUCUAGAGAAUAAUGCACGUCUCCUAAUCCUAAGUGGGAACAACAUCUGUUUCACUUUCAUGGCUAGUAAAGCUGUAAAUGGACGGGCCAUUGAACUGGCAAAGCUGAUAGUCUUUUUGGCUUUGGUGUGUGAGAAAGAACUAUACUGCAUGGAUUGGGCAGUUAAAAUGAUGCAAAAAGUCUGUAAGGUCUUUAGUACUCCAGUGGAAAGAAGUAACUUCCUGCAGAGUGUGGCAAAUGCAUUUGCAUGUGUUAUAAUGGAAAUGCUGCAGUCAAUUAUGUCUGGAGACCGUGAUGAAGAGGACAGAAGCUUUUUGAAUUUGUUCCAUCUUGUGCAUGCUCAGGCUAACUUCCAUAAGGAGGUCCUGUAUUUGACCAUGAAUACUCUCUCUACCUAAAUACUCAGAAAGCCUUGCAUUUAGAGAAUACCUCACUGAACUAACAAUUAGAAACGUGCUAUUUUUCAUCAAUCAAAGAAUAGUAUCCAUGGGACUUUAUAUCACCUAAGUAAUUCAUCGCCUGCAUAGAAUUUUAGAAGUAGCUGCUUUAAACAUUAUUAAUAUAAAAAUUAUAGGCAAACCCAAGAAUGUAUUGAGAUUUAUCUGGAAAAUAAGCUGUGCCUCUCCAGAUUUUGGUAAACCUAAUACCAAACUAAAUGGAAUAUUAGCGUCCAAGAAUCUGGGGCCAGCCAACCCAUAUGUGUGGAUCUUUGAAGCAAGAGAAAAAUUUGUUUUAUAGUUACAGCAAAUCUAAAUUCAUUAUAGUAUGUAUCUGUUCACUUUGUUUAGGUUGUGUAGACAUAGCCUAGAAUGUUGCGUGAAGGUUUGCAAAUAUGAUGUUUUGGACUGUACAGAUACAAAUCACAUUUUUUACCACCUUCUUGACAUAUGAUUAGAACAUUGACAAAGAACAUUAUAUUUCGUUCACAUUUUGCAUGAACAGAUAUAAAACAAAAAAUAUGAAUAUACACAUUCAUAUAUAUAUCUUUGUGUAUAUACAAACAUGUAUCUAUGUUUCCUUCUUUAAAACAAAUCAUACAAAAAGUCUAUAGAGGAAGGUAAUAUAUAUUGUUUUAAUACAAAUCAUUUUUUAUUCUUUCCUGGGGAUUAAAGUAAAAAUGCUGCAAAUAAGGGAAAAUAUAAAAUGAAAGAAAAGUAGCUAUCCUGCUGCUAGAAUAAUUUUCACAAUUAAUUUGCAUAUCUUCUUAAAGCUUAUCUCCCUAUCUUAAAGAGUGGGACUUGAAGAAAACUAGAAGCAUGGAUAGUUAGAAAAGCCCAAGAAUGGGGUUUUUCUUCACUCAAGGAAAUGGAUUCCAAGAAGCUCCAGGACUAUUUCAGUCUGACUAGCAUUUGCCACCACUACUUUUACUAUUAAAGUCGAAAAUAAUAGUGCCUAACAGUGCUGAAAUAAUGCUGGAGCCCUCCUGGAUUGCCCAUUUUCUUCUCCCUAGAUUUGAUCAUUUAUCAUCUGGACACACCCCUUCCCACUGGGCUUCUCAGAGGCUGACUUUCUCUUUCCUAAGCCCUUGACUUAACUCACCUCUCUUGAGCUGAUGAAGGGAAGAAACAUAGAAAUUACUCACGGAAGUAGGGUAUAAAUUCUGGGAAAUACUCAAAUAUUUGACAAGAGGGGCUCAGUGAGAGAUUUAAUAGGAUUGAGGAAGAGAGCAAGUUAUGGAGAAAAUAUAAAUUGUGAUAACAAGAUUUUACUAAAUUGCAGUAAUAAAGGCACUUAACUUUCAUUUUUAGAGGGUCAGAAAUUAACUGCCUUUCUGGAUUGUCCAACUAUAAUUCCUUCAGUGGCAGGAAUUGUUUCUCCAGAGUUUAGCAUUUUCAUAUUUACACAAAAACAAAGUCCUUGCUUUUAUCCUGGUUUCAUUUUCUUCCUCUCAAUUUAAGAAUUCAUCCACAACUAAAUUAUGAAGAUUAAAAGUUGGUAGAUAUCACAGUACAAAAUAACACUUGAAAUAGCUUUUUCUUUUCUCUCUUUCUUAUACAUGCUUUGAAAAGCCUAAUCCAUUUUUUAUCAAAAUAUUGGUAAUUCCAAGUUGAGAAUAUACUCUGUUAGAUUAUUUGGAGGUUGGGGGAAGAAAAAUGAAGGAAAAAAGUAAAAUUUUAAUAUAAAUAGUAAAUAUUUUUUAAUAGUUUACAAAAUAGAUGCUAAGUUUCAUUCUCUUAGAGAAGCAAUUUGGCAUUGUGAAGUUUUCUUGAAUUCUUCGAAUUAUCCAAGUCUCAGUUAUUUUCAGCAAGUUUACAAAAGAAACAUGGUUUAAUUUAAAACAUUUUUGACCUGGAUUUUGAAUCUCAUCGCACAGUUGAACUGACAUGACUGCUGCUGUAAAUCUUUUAAAACACAUUAUUGCAUUAUUCUCGAUAAUUGUAAGAUUAUCUUACAUAAAAAAUUUGAUUCAUUCUUUGGGUGCAGUAGAUAAAUGGUAUGAUCUUGCCACUAAUAAAAAGUAAACCAACAAGUUCUUCAUUCAGUUAUUAACAGAUAAAAAUAACAUUUGAGACCAAAUUUGCAGUUUCUUCAAUUCAGCAGUAUAGUUUUUAAAGGGAUACAUUUGUCAUUAGGAAUAAAGUGUGAUAUCAAAUUUUAAAGUGGGAGGUUAACUUGCAAAAGCAUAUGUUAUUGUCAUUAGUAUUGUUGUUCAAGUGAGGAUAUAUGCAGUUAUAUUCCCACAAAAAAAAAAGGAGCAUUUGCAGAAUGAAUAAUCUAAAAACACUGGGAGUCUGUCCACUUCUAACAAACUCUAGAAUAGUCAUAAUAACAUAACGUAAACUACUAGCAAGUCAGAUAAUUUAUCCUGUACCUUUUUCUAAAUUAGAAGAUUGACCUGGGCUUCUAGUUCUUUUUUUCCUUUUGAUAGUGAUUUCUUUGGUCUCUUUUGACUUCAAAAUGUAGGAUGAUUUUUACUUCCCCUAGAAGACAAGCUCAAAAGAGCUCAACAACGCAUCAUUAUAUUUAUCUUUACUAUUGUUUCUAAACACACAUGACAUCAUAAUUGUACUAAUAAUAAAUUAAUGAUGCUACUUUUCUUAGAAAUUAAUUUAAAGUUUAUAGCUUGUGAUAAAUAUUCUGUACCUUAUGAAACCAUAAAACAUCUAUUCUUAACACUUUUUUGGAUAACUCUUUCUCAUGCCUCUCUAACUCCUCAACUUUAUUGUUUUCACAAUACAGGCAAUAAAUUACUAUACUUGGGAAGCUUUUCAGGCAUUCAAGAGUUCAAGGCUGCUCUCCAUAGAAUGAACAAUAGGCACCUUAUUUCACACUUUUCUCAUCCUCUGAUGACUUAGUUCAUGCUUCCAGUUCUUCUAUUAAUAAAGAUUUUCUUGCCAGGAUAAUUAUUCGCCUUUGGAGAUUAGAGUAACCAUGAGGUGUGCACAGCAGAAGGUACAACUGGAAGAACCAUCUUAUGUCAAUAAAAAACAAACAUUAACUUCUUUGUGUGAUUGUUACUUGAGUUAACCUCUUUAAGUGAAUAGUACUAAAUUAUAUGAUUAUAGAUUUUUAUGUCAAUAAAUAUUGUGAAAGGUAAAAACACAAAGCUGCUACAAAAGCUUCUUAGGUUAUUGGACAUUUUACUAGCAAUGUGAUUUCUUUACCAAUUCCACUAGAAGGUAGCUAUGAAACUUGUAAGAAAUCAGGCUGUGGGAAUAUGCUCCUUGGCUUGUUGAUACAUCACUAAGAUAGGAAAGAUGAACUGAAAGACAAUUGUAUUGGACAGUCUUCUCUAGGUUAAAAAAAAA